GGAAACCCUCCUUCCUUGACACAUAAACAAACCAAACUUACAAACAACUUCUCUUCCUCUUCUGUUUUGAUUUUUCUCGAUGCCUUUUGAGGUUAUGACAGUUAUUGAAAUACCAACUAGGCCUAGCACAUUAUAAAGUUCAACUUUUCAUGAGACAUAAAAAGUCUGUUUUGAGAUUAGAAGAAAAUAUUUUCUACAAGGCCUAGCCUACGUUAAAUAAUUAUGGGUAAAUCAUCAAAAGAUAAACGUGACAUUUACUAUAGAUUGGCUAAAGAACAAGGCUGGAGAGCAAGAAGUGCCUUUAAACUAUUACAAAUUGACGAACAAUUUAAGAUAUUUGAUGGUGUAAAUAAAGCAGUGGACCUCUGUGCUGCUCCUGGAAGCUGGAGUCAAGUUCUUGCCAAAAAGCUGCAUAAACCAGACAGCCAGGAUGUGAAGAUCGUAGCUGUAGACCUGCAAGCUAUGGCUCCUCUGCCUGGUGUGGUCCAAAUACAAGGGGACAUCACCAAGCUGACCACAGCAGAGGAGAUAAUUGGUCACUUCAAGGGUGAAUCAGCUGACCUAGUGGUCUGUGACGGAGCCCCUGACGUGACUGGGCUGCAUGACAUUGACGAGUACAUCCAGGGACAACUGCUACUGGCAGCUCUCAACAUCACCACUCAUAUCCUCAAACAGGGAGGCACAUUUGUAGCCAAGAUCUUCAGAGGCCGUGAUGUAUCUCUACUCUACUCACAGCUCAAAAUAUUCUUCCCAAGAGUGACACUUGCAAAACCCAGGAGCUCUCGUAACUCAAGUAUUGAAGCGUUUGUCGUCUGCCAAGACUAUAGGCCACCUGUAGGGUUCACUCCUACCAUGACCAACCCUCUACUGGACAACACAGACUGUGACUGGUCCCAGCUGGAGGGUAUAGACAGGCUGAUCAUACCCUUCAUAGCCUGUGGAGACCUCAGUGGCUAUGAGUGCUAUGACGCUGACACCAACUACAGUCUGGAGCUGGAUGGUAAGCCGUACCAAUACACUGCUCCUGCCCAGGCGCCUCUGUCACCUCCAUACCUAGAAGCCAUGUCUCUCAUCACCAAGCCUGGCGAGAGUGUCACACAGUUACCUGACGGAACAAAUAAAUCAACCUCAUAAACUU